UUAAUUAUUGAUGCUUAUCAAAACACCCUUCACGGGCCUCUUCAAAUGAUUAUUACUCACAGUAAGGCAAACGGCAUAGCGUAGACGAUAGUGAUAGUGUAAAUACCGUGAAAAUGCUUAAGUUGUUGUUGAUUAUCGGUGUUGUUUUGUUUGUCUUAUCAGGUCAGGGCUCAGAAGCCGCGGACUGCUGUGGAAGUUACACGGACAUUUCCGGAGAAAAACAUAAAGCGGAACUAUGUCCAGAUUACUGUUGCCUAAAAAUAGGCAUUGCAUAUAAAGGAUGCUGCGACGAUUCCAGCAGGCAGAUACCUGCGACUAAGAACCAAAAUGAAGAUUGUGUUAAAGACUGGCUUAGUCAGCAUAUAUGGGUACCGAUUGUUUGUGGCAUUGUGGGAUUGCUGAUUAUCAUCGGUAUUGUCGUCUGCUGCUGUUGCUGCUGUGGUUGUUGCAGACGAUAAGUGCAGACGAUACGUGUCAAAAAAUAAAAUGAGCCACGUCACGACAAAACCAACAUAAAGGGUCUGCGACCAGCAUGGAUCCAGACCAGCCUGCGCAUCCGCGCAGUCUGAUCAGGAUCCAUGCUGUUCGCUUACCAACUAUAACAAGUAGAGAAACUAAUAGCGAACAGCAUGGAUCCUGAUCAGACUGCGCGGAUGCGUCGGCUGGUCUGGAUCCAUGCUGGUCGCAAACCCAUUAUGUGUGUUUUGUCAUGACACGGCUCAAAUACUGCUUAUAAAGAUCUGCAACAGAACUGCUGACAAUAGAUUUUCUCAUAUGCCUUACAUGUAAACAUUCGUAAAUUUGCCGAAGAAGUGAAUGACUUUUGGUGCACUUUAAUGACGCUGAGCCAUUUUUUAUAUAUUUAUAUUAUAUAGAUUAUCUGAACAAAUGACAUGACAGAGACUAAACUUCCUGGAUAUUGUAUGCAUUGUGUUUAUAUUAUAUUGUGGUGGGAAAUUGUUUUAUUAUUUUAUGGUUGAAUAUCGUGUAGUCAUAUAAUUAUAUAUAAGUAGUUUUAUUAAAUUUUAAUAAUAGACUAUUAGAUUGUAUAUAAUUAUCAUUUAGUUUCGUUGAAAGGUUACUUGGAUGUAAAAGAUACGUUUUCGGGUUGUUUAAAGUAGCAUGCCUCCAGAUUCAAGCUUAUUAAAAAAAAAGGAAAAAAAAGGAAAAUGUAUUAAAAAGUAAAAUUAUAUACAGUAUAGGUUUAGGUAAAUAUUUGUUUUAUGCUACAAAGCAUCAAAUUGAACUACUUAAUGCUCUGUAAGUCAAUGUAUAAAUUUGUCUCGUUAUAUUUGAGAAUGAUAUUGUUUAUUCUUGAAAUUACUUGAUAAUGUGUCAAUUAUGAAUCACUGCUAAAUGCAAUCUUAUCACAGCAUAUGAUUAAGCUUAAAAUCCACUUUUUAUAUCUUUAAGAAUGUAAACGCUUUUUCAUAGCUAAGCUUACUUUAGUUCUAAAUGCUGUUAACGUUCAUGUUAACGUUCAUUCUCCAAAAAUAUGUAAAUUGAAAAUUUUGUGCCACAACUUUUGUUCAUGUACCAUGAUAUCGUGUUUCAUUGUACUAUACAAAUGUGUGUAAAAUGACUAUGUACUGAAAGUUUACGUCAAUAAAUUAUCUAUCUUUAUAAGUGAACAAAGAAAGUUAAUAACACAUUUCAAACGUCAGCUUCAGUCCACGUAAAUUAUCAAGUAAAUGUCAAGCUAUACAAAAAAAGCCCUUACUCCGUGAGUCACGCAGUAGAAAUGGGGGGAAAAUACUGCUAAAUCAGUCAUUCAUUGCAUGUAACAUGUAAAUUAUUGAGUAAAUUAUAAAUAUUUCUACUUCUCUUAUAAUCUUAGUACAUUAAUUUUUAUUUAAGGUUGAUUUUCUUUAAUUCUUUUAGCUCAUAUGGAGGCAUGUAUCUUUACGUUUUAGCUAAGUAGGACCAUUGGUCUAGAGACUUUUACAGUGAUAACGAACACUUCAUUCUUGUGAAAUUUCACGUCUGUAUAAUCGUGUCGUUUAUAUUUUCUAUUUACACGGCUAUGCAUAGCAAAGUUGUAAAUUAUUUUCUCUUUUUAUAACCAAAAUAAAGAGGUAUUUGUACAUUAUCAUCACUUCGUUAUAAAAACUUUUGACAGUUUAUAUGGCCAUAUAUGAAUGGGUUUAUGUUAUAUAAAUCGCGUCUUGGGACAUAUUGUAAUAUUACCUAUCAAAACUAAAUCUCUGUUACUAUAAUAAUAGACAUUUUGGAAAAAAACGUAUACAUGUAUGUCUAUGGUAUAUAAUUAUCAUGUGUUAGAACAAGAAUAACUGCGAAAUGUAUGCAAAGGAUUUGUCCUGCUUUAAUUUAAAACAAACUUUUACGAAAGUUAAGGGUUUUCAAUAUCGGCAUAGUAAAUAAUUUAGUUAAUGCAUAGUACAGUAGACUGGUAAAACUGGACAGAUGUGCAGACUGGCAUUGUUCUUGACUGGUGGAAGAGGCCAAGAUAAUUACUUCCGGUUCCAGCAGGUUAAGUGUAAAACAACGUUCAAAGUAGUUUUUUAUGGUUGGUUAUGAAUCAAAACAUUUCAUAGAGACAUAAGCUGGACAAAUGUACAUUUGAGCCGCGUCACGACAAAACCAACAUAAUGGUUUUGCGACCAUCAUGGAUCAGGAUCCAUGAUUUUCGCUAUCAGUGUCUCUACUUGUGAAAGGGUUGGUAAGCGAACAGCAUGGAUCCUGAUCAGACUGCGCGGAUGCGCAGGCUGAUCUGGAUCCAUGCUGGUCGCAAACGCAUAACGUUGGUUUUGUCGUGACGCGGCUCAUUUUUUUAAUUCUUAUUUGUGGUAUAUUGAUGAAGAAAGACUUUUUUCCUUUCCAAGUGUUUAGUUUGCAUGCAUUUUAUAAUACUGAAUAACACAAUCGGGAUAACUGAAUGACUUUGCCGAUAUGUCACUAUGGUGUUGUUUUUUAUUGCAUAAUUGUUUUAUAUUCAGAACUGUAUGCAUUUUUAUAUUUUGUAUAGCGAAAAUAAAUAAAUAUUAAAAUGGCAAUCUUUGCACAAA